CGUUGUUUUAUUGAGAAAAAAAGUAAAAGUUUUUUCUUGUUUCUUGUAUUUUGCAAAUAAUUUUGUUGAAAAAUUCAUAAUAAAAACACACGUGAAUAUAUAUCAAUAGUUAAAUAAAAGAAGUUAAAAAAAACUAAAAACAAUUAUUAAAGUGUUUGUUGUGAUAGAACGGCUACAAAAUGGUUUUAGCUGAUUUGGGUAGAAAAAUUACCACUGCCUUGCAUUCGUUAAGCAAAGCCACCGUAAUCAAUGAAGAGGCCUUAAAUUCCAUGCUCAAAGAAAUUUGUGCUGCCCUUUUGGAAGCCGAUGUAAAUAUUCGUUUGGUCAAACAGUUACGUGAAAAUGUUAAAGCCGUCAUUGAUUUUGACGAAAUGGCCGGUGGUCUGAACAAAAGACGCAUGAUACAGAGUGCUGUCUUCAAGGAACUUAUUAAGUUGGUAGAUCCUGGUGUUAAGCCAUACCAACCUAUUAAGGGUAGACCAAAUGUGAUUAUGUUUGUUGGUCUACAGGGUUCGGGUAAAACAACAACAUGUACCAAGUUGGCUUAUCACUACCAGAAACGUAAUUGGAAAUCUUGUCUGGUGUGCGCUGAUACCUUCCGUGCUGGUGCCUACGAUCAAGUCAAACAGAAUGCCACCAAGGCACGCAUACCUUUCUAUGGUAGUUACACCGAAAUUGAUCCUGUCGUCAUAGCACAAGAAGGUGUUGAUAUGUUUAAGAAAGAAGGUUUCGAAAUGAUUAUUGUCGAUACGUCGGGUCGUCACAAGCAAGAAGAGUCUCUUUUCGAAGAGAUGUUGGCGGUGGCAAAUGCUGUUAAUCCCGAUAAUAUUAUUUUCGUUAUGGAUGCCACCAUCGGUCAGGCUUGUGAGGCUCAAGCUAAGGCUUUCAAGGAAAAAGUAGACAUUGGUUCUGUGAUCAUUACCAAAUUAGAUGGUCACGCUAAAGGUGGUGGUGCUUUGUCUGCUGUUGCUGCUACAAACUCUCCCAUUAUUUUCAUUGGUACCGGUGAACACAUCGAUGAUUUGGAGCCAUUCAAGACAAAACCUUUCGUGAGCAAGCUGUUGGGCAUGGGUGAUAUUGAAGGAUUAAUUGAUAAGGUAAAUGAAUUAAAAUUAGAUGGCAAUGAAGAACUUUUAGAGAAAAUCAAACAUGGUCAAUUUACCAUACGUGACAUGUACGAACAAUUCCAAAAUAUUAUGAAAAUGGGACCCUUCUCUCAGAUCAUGGGUAUGAUACCCGGUUUCUCUCAAGACUUUAUGACGAAAGGCGGUGAACAAGAGUCUAUGGCUCGCAUUAAACGUAUGAUGACCAUGAUGGACAGUAUGUCUGACGGUGAAUUGGACAAUCGUGACGGUGCCAAAUUGUUUAGCAAACAGCCCACACGUAUUGUACGUGUUGCCGAAGGCUCUGGUGUCAUAGAACGUGAAGUCAAAGAACUCGUUUCACACUAUACAAAAUUCGCUGCUGUCGUUAAGAAAAUGGGUGGUGUUAAGGGUCUUUUCAAACAGGGUGAUAUGACGAAAAAUGUUAAUCCCAAUCAAAUGGCUAAACUUAAUCAACAGAUGGCAAAAAUGAUUGACCCUCGUAUGUUGCAACAGAUGGGUGGUGUUGGUGGUCUACAGAAUAUGAUGCGUCAAUUACAACAGGGUGCAGCUGGUGGUCUUGGUGGCUUAGGGAAUCUUAUGGGCUUUGGUGGGAAGUGAAAUUAUUAACAGCAAAUGGGAAAAAGGAUUUACGUUCUUCUACCAAUGUUUGUUUGUUUGUUUCAUUCUUUAGUUAUUAUAUUAUUUAGCAAUAUUUUCUCUUUUGUUUUGUUAAGGGAAUUGAUGACCAUCUUAUAAUUUUCUUCCUUAUUACCAUUUCUUAUUAUUAUUAUUAUUUUUUUUUGUACCCCCAUAAGAAGACGACGUGUAUGUGUGUCAUUAGUUUUUAAUAUUUAAACAAAAAUUAUUGUGUGUUAAAACCGAGAAUUUGUUACAAACUAAUUUUUAUUAAGUUUAAGGAACGAGUUUUAAUAUCAAACACCAAUAAUAUGAAACAAGAAAUCAUUAAAUAUAUGCACGUUUCAUCUGAAUGAAUAACAAAUAAAACAUAAUUUUAAUAAAAAACCUACCCGUUUUGUAAAAAA